AUGCAUUCUGUACUUUUUCACUUCAUGGAAUACUAAACGUCUACACAGCCAAAUCAGUUGUGUUGAAGUUCUGACGACCCUGAAUAUGAUCGUGAUGAGCUAGUAGUAGUGGCAAGAAUACCUUUAUCAAUAUUUACAAAAGAUGCAGCAGGCAGCGUUCAGUUUGCUAUUUCAUCAUCCAUUUCCUAGUGAAAAUAUGAGCCCAUGCAUAGGUAGAAAGCUGCCUUGGUACAAAGUUAAUGUAAUUUGUUUUAUUCAAGCUAGUGUAGAAAUUAGUGGAAUUGAAGUGUCAGCCAAAUUUUGAAUUCUUGGUGAAUUCUAUUUGACAAUUUAAAAAAAAACGUCCUACGAUAAAAAGUUCGCUUGCAAGAUGGACGACAAUGACGCACCAAGAUUAGACAAACAAAGGGAGGACGACGCUUCAAUCGAGACACUGUCCGAAGGUGAGGAAAUGCGAAUCAGCGAACUCGAGUGGUCGCUCUAUGCCAGCGGUAAGAAUAAUCUGGAAGCUGCUGCCCAACAUCACGCAUUAGGUGGUAGGAUUGAAGAUGAAGAUGGGUGGCAAUUUAUCCAAUGUCACGAACGGCUUACAUCAGGCUUGCCGUAUUCCGCAAGGUUUCGUUUUGGCGGAGAAGAAGUAUGGAAGCUGAAAAGCGAAGGCUGCCUGCUAACAUCGGGAAACCACUACCUAGCCAAGGUCAGCGUGGAACCGAUAGCCGAACUGGAUGGCGUGAUUGAAUUUGCCAAGGCGAAGACAAUACUGCUAAAGCAUUUGAAGGUAGUGAAAGUGUUCCAAGACGAGCAGUUGCUGGAAUGUAAGAAAGCUGAAAAUGAUCUUUGGAUGCUUUUGAAAGAGGUAAGCAGUGGAUCAACGACGGAUCCGAACCACGCAGAAGACUUGUUCCAACUGUGGAAAAUGAUGCGAGACUGUGAGACACCGCUGUGUGAGAACUUCAAGCUUGACGUGGAGAGCAACUGUUACAUUUCCAGUAAGAUGAAACACGCGUUGAUCGAAUACUUAUCAAACACGAGCAUAGUAAUUGCACGGAACAGGUUUCUGGAGGGUUUAGCUAGUUCUACGGAGCAACUCGAUUUCAUGAAAGGUGCCAUCAAAAGUGGAAUUGACACGCACAGAGCGCAGUUACUGACCAGGUGCCCAUACGUAAUGAAGGAUAAACUCCACAAGCUGGACGACAUUCACAUUCUGUACGUAACCGCAACCGAUCUGAAGCUCUUUGCCGAUUUGGACAACGGGCUGGACAAGACUGUGUUUGGGCCUGUUCUGCCAGAGGUCAUCUCAAGAUUCCUAACAAGGAUAGCCCAAAUCGACGAAGAUCACCUUGGAGAACUCGUUCCCUUGACUAAUCGCCUUUAUUUCUUCAUCUGUAUGAGCCUUUUGGAAGUAGCCGAAGAAUUCAAAGCUGCCCUACGAACGGAAGUUAUUGUCUACAAGAAGAAUGAAUGGCGGACGACCACUCUAUGCAAAGACUCCAUCCGAUCUCCACUGGAAAAGACUCUCAUGCAACAACUCCAAAUGCUCGUGAGGCUUGCAAAUCACUUUGAACCAGGAAAAGUAACGGCUAAAAAGAGUUUUCCGUACGAGUUCAAAGUUUUCCAGAAUCUUAACUCCAUGCCAGAUGAGGUGCACAUUUGGCUUUGUCUGUUGGACGAUGCCAUCGAGAACGUUUUCAAGACGGAUAUUGAAAAAAUGCACCUGUUUUCUAGUUUGUUCAAAUCCUACGUCAGCUUCGUAUCGUCAACGGAUUUUGAAAACCAAACCUUGGAAAGUCUCCGCAUGGUUACUCACAACGCCUUACGGUCCCUGACGCAGAUUAGAUCGUCCGACAAUCAGCAGAAAAGCGUGGAUGACAUCAUUUUGCAAUGUGACGAAAUGAUAGCCACUAUUUCGAAGCAAUUGCCGUCAGAAAAAAACAUCUCACAUCAAGUGAAUCGGAUCCGAGAAUUGCUUCAUCAGAUUGUUCGAAGCAUGAUGAGCAAAACGCUACGAUCGUGUGACCUCGCUAGCUUCGCAGCGAAUUUUUGCACAAUGCUGGAUGACCUGAAAUCCUUCCAAGUAAAGUGGUUAAUUUGGAUGCUCCCAUCGGACGCAAGGGACUUGUAUGUGAAGAGAAAGGUCAUCGCACCUGUUGAUAGCAAGUUCAACAGCGCUUAUCAGAAAUGCUACCAGGUCAUCGACUGCAGCAAAUUUGUGACACUAUAUAGCGCUUUACACGGCACACAUUGCAUCCCGGAACAUUACCAACUGUUAGUGCUGAAAGCGCUAUUUAAAGAGAUGGAUCAUAUGGUUAACAAGACAAACUGGCACGGAGGGAAGCAUCUCACGGAAAAGGAUCAAUACAACGCUACGAAUCUGCUGAUCAGCAACGUUCGACUGACGCAGCAUCAUUUCAAGAUUCAGGCAAACUACCAGAACUUUGAAGAUUUCUACCAGGAUGGAGUAAGGUCCUAUUUCGGAGCCACCAGGGAUGCGACUGGUUGGGAGGAUUUCCUCCACCGGUUGCUGCCAUCGGAGCAACAACGGAAUGACAAUCGUAAACAUGAUACGAGCAAAAUUGGACUGAAGAAAAAAGUUUUAUUUGCAAUUGCAAUUGUAUUAUUUUGUUACUUUUUUUUCUUUUUUAACUCGUCGGGUUCUAAAGUGAAAACGAAUUCGAGAUUUUUUUAAAAUAAUGUAUUCCGGAUUCUAUUAAUUCCGUUGAUGUUUUUUUUUUCAUCGUUAGGUGCGCUUUCUCAACUUUUUUUUAUUUUAAUUUUGGUCACGCUACAUGAUUUUACUGGAACACCGUAAAUUUCGAACUUUUAUUUAUUGAAUCAAAUUUUCCGGAGGCCAGUUCGUUGUCGCUAGAAACUUGACCAUGGAGCAUCCUAAAAAUAUUAUUUAUAAUCUUUUAGAUGAAAAUAUGAUAGGAGAAAAAUCAAUCAAUAAAGUAUACUGAACUAUUUAUAGUUAUUAUGGCUAUUAUUUGAUGGUUCACGAUUCCUGGAUGGGGUGUUAGAAAUUUUCUAUCGUUUUUGUACAUGGGAAAAAAGGGAUCGCAAAUAACUAACGUAAGCAUGAACAAGAUGAUGUAAGAUCUACCACAUCGAACUCUGGGCCGAAACUCUUCUUGUUCUUGUUAAUGGUUAUGAACCUCGGUUUUGAAUUGGAUACAAGAAAGGUUCGGACCAGGGUUCCAAUGCAUGGUCAAAUGUGAGUGUCAUCACUUGUUUUCUCACUAAGAAGACCUAUUUUGAUAGUGGACAUUAGCCAAAUUUGGA